AUGCCUGCACCUCCGCCACCUCCACCACCUCCUCCGGGACCGUCUUUGGGCUCUAAAGCACCACCUAAAGCUGCAGCACUACCAAAUGGGGGUGCUGGGAGGUCAGCUUUGUUGUCGGACAUCCAAAAAGGGGCGAGAUUGAAGAAAACGGUCACUAAUGAUCGAUCCGCACCAUUGGUGGGAGGUAAAACUAGUAAUGUUCAAAAGGAAGAUGCUUCUGAACAUUCUGGAGGUGUUGAAAACAAGGUGAACAAGUUGGCAGCCGCUGGCAUUGGAGCUUUGUUUGCAAAUGGAGUUCCAAGAAAGCCAAGUGAAGCUAGGGCUCUGAAGAACUCUUGUAAGUGAAAUUUGUAAAUUUUUAGAUUUGACAUUUCAAUCAUUUUUCUUUAAAUGGCUUUUUGUUUUGUAGUAGCUUAUUCCAAAGAAGGAAUGCAAAUUUUUUUCAAUUAAAUUGUUUAUUCUCUAUUUUUAUUGAAAUUACUAGUAAAUUCUACUGCACAAACUCCACCCGCAACUCCCCAACCGCCACAGCCGCCUGUCAAUAAGCCAACAUUACCUAAAGUUCAAAGGUAUGUUAAUCCUUGUAAAUUUAUCUAUAUAUUUAGUGGCAACACGGUUCCGGCUGCUCCACCACCUCCUCCGAGUAAACUAAAGCCAGUUUUCUCUAACAGUGAGCCGAUUCAAAAGCCAGAUUCGAAGCCAUCUCCGUCUGUUAAUGUUGCUUCACCAAGUACACCUCAACCUGUUCAGUUUAGACCACCAAUUGAGAGGAGGCAGACUGAUGUAAGGCUUUACCUAUUUUUAAAGAAUUUAGUACUCUAGGUCUGUAUUAUUAUUAAACUAUAUUAGAAAGGUUGCUUUUUAAAUUUCUAGAAUAUUUUUGAUUUUCUAUUUAUGGCAUGCUUUUACAAAUUUUGAAAAGUACGAUUUCGAUUAAAUUUUUGCUUCAAUGCUAAUUUCAGGUAGUACGACCAAUGCACAGGCCGGGUGCCCCGCCUCCUCCCCCACCUAAAGUGCCUCCAAGUAACCAUAGCCAAACGGAAACUCAUUUCCCAUCCUCAAAUCACGCUCCACCAUUGAAGUCGCAGUCGUCGAUAGAGAAGGCGAAUCCGCUACCUGUCAGGCCAGCUCCUCCAGUCCCAAAGUCGGCGCCAGUUGAAGUUAAGGAUGCUCCUCCUCCACCACCUCCACCGAGAAUUGCAUCGUACAUUGAUUCCACAGAACAUCGGUUCCAUUUCCUUCCAAUCCACGACCUUCCCCCACCUCAGAUGUUCACAGGAUUUCCAAAAGAGUACCAGAACAGUUAUCGGCCGUCCAAGACCACUCCUUCGUAUUGA